AGCUUAUAGUAUACUAAGAAAUAUUGGAUAGCCCCCAUGAUGGAUGACGGGAAGCCCGUUUGGGCUCCACACCCAACUGAUGGGUUUCAGAUGGGAAUGAUUGUGGACAUUGGCACUGACAACUUAACUAUCGAGCCUUUGAAUCAAAAAGGCAAGACUUUCCAGGCUGCUAUCAGUCAAGUGUUUCCUGCAGAAGAGGACAGUAAAAAGGAUGUGGAAGAUAACUGUUCCCUUAUGUACUUAAAUGAAGCCACUCUCCUUCACAAUAUCAAAGUUCGGUACAGUAAAGACAGAAUUUAUACCUAUGUAGCCAACAUUCUUAUUGCAGUGAAUCCAUAUUUUGAUAUACCUAAGUUUUAUUCCUCAGAAACCAUUAAAAAAUACCAAGGUAGAUCACUUGGGACGUUACCACCACAUGUUUUUGCAAUUGCUGAUAAAGCAUUUCGUGAUAUGAAAGUACUCAAGAUGAGCCAGUCCAUCAUAGUCUCUGGGGAAUCAGGAGCUGGAAAGACAGAAAACACUAAAUUUGUUUUGAGGUAUUUGACAGAAUCCUAUGGUACUGGCCAAGAUAUUGAUGAUAGAAUUGUAGAAGCAAAUCCCCUAUUAGAAGCCUUUGGAAACGCAAAGACUGUUCGCAACAACAACAGUAGCCGUUUUGGGAAAUUUGUAGAAAUUCACUUCAAUGAGAAGAAUUCGGUGGUUGGUGGAUUUGUAUCACAUUACCUUCUGGAGAAAUCUAGGAUCUGUGUGCAAGGCAAAGAAGAGAGGAAUUAUCAUAUCUUUUACAGGCUUUGUGCUGGUGCUCCAGAAGACAUUAGGCAAAAGCUAUUUUUAAGUUCUCCUGACAACUUUAGGUAUUUAAACCGAGGCUGUACCAGAUACUUUGCUAACAAAGAAACAGACAAGCAGAUCUUGCAAAAUCGGAAAAGCCCUGAGUACCUUAAAGCAGGUUCCUUGAAGGAUCCUCUCCUAGAUGAUCAUGGGGACUUCAACAGAAUUGGACUGGAUGAUGCAGAAAAGCUUGACCUUUUCAGGGUGGUGGCUGGUGUCCUUCACCUUGGAAAUAUUGAUUUUGAGGAAGCUGGGAGCACUUCAGGCGGCUGCACGCUCAAGAAUCGCAGCGGGCAGGCGCUGGAGUGCUGCGCGGCGCUGCUGGGCCUCGACGAGGACGACCUGCGCGUCAGCCUCACCACGCGCGUCAUGCUCACCACGGCAGGGGGCGCCAAAGGAACGGUCAUCAAGGUUCCCUUGAAAGUGGAACAAGCAAACAAUGCUCGUGAUGCCUUGGCUAAAACAGUGUACAGUCACCUCUUCGACCAUGUAGUGAACAGGGUAAACCAGUGUUUUCCAUUUGAGACUUCUUCUUUCUUCAUUGGAGUUUUAGAUAUAGCUGGGUUUGAAUACUUUGAACACAACAGUUUUGAACAAUUCUGUAUUAACUACUGUAAUGAAAAGCUGCAACAGUUUUUUAAUGAAAGGAUUCUGAAAGAGGAACAAGAACUUUACCAAAAAGAAGGCCUGGGGGUUAAUGAAGUGCACUAUGUAGAUAAUCAGGACUGUAUAGAUUUGAUUGAAGCGAAGUUAAUAGGUGUGCUAGAUAUUUUGGAUGAAGAAAAUCGACUUCCCCAACCAAGUGACCAGCAUUUUACUUCAGUUGUUCACCAAAAACACAAGGACCAUUUCAGACUCUGUAUUCCRAGAAAGUCUAAAUUGGCUGUUCACAGAAACAUCAGAGAUGAUGAAGGCUUUAUUAUCCGGCAUUUUGCAGGAGCAGUGUGCUAUGAGACGACGCAGUUUGUGGAGAAGAAUAAUGAUGCUUUGCACAUGUCCCUUGAAUCUCUUAUAUGUGAGUCCAAGGACAAGUUUGUUCGACAGCUCUUUGAAUCUAAUACCACCAACAACAAGGAUCCGAAACAGAAAGCAGGGAAACUUAAUUUCAUCAGUGUUGGAAACAAAUUCAAGACUCAGUUAAAUUUGCUUCUUGAGAAGCUCCACAGUACUGGAUCAAGCUUUAUUCGCUGCAUCAAACCCAAUUUAAAGAUGACAAGUCACCAUUUUGAAGGAGGACAGAUCCUCUCUCAGCUCCAGUGUUCAGGAAUGGUGUCUGUUUUGGACUUAAUGCAAGGUGGUUUCCCUUCACGAGCUUCAUUUCAUGAACUCUAUAAUAUGUACAAGAAAUAUUUGCCUGAAAAAUUGGCUCGAUUGGAUCCUAGGUUGUUCUGCAAGGCACUAUUUAAAGCCUUAGGAUUGAAUGAAAUAGAUUACAAAUUUGGGUUAACCAAGGUGUUUUUUAGACCUGGCAAGUUUGCAGAGUUUGAUCAAAUAAUGAAGUCAGAUCCGGAUCAUUUAGCAGAGCUAGUUAAACGAGUCAAUCACUGGCUUAUCUGCAGUCGCUGGAAAAAAGUUCAGUGGUGUUCUCUCUCUGUGAUAAAAUUGAAAAACAAGAUAAAAUACCGAGCUGGAGCCUGCAUUAAAAUACAAAAGACUAUUCGAAUGUGGCUUUGCAAGAGAAAGCACAAGCCGCGAAUUGAUGGCUUGGUAAAAGUGCGUACGCUGAAAAAGAGACUUGAUAAGUUUAAUGAAGUGGUAAAUGCUCUGAAGGAGGGGAAGGCAGAGACAAGCAAGCAGGUCAAGGAGCUGGAAUAUUCCAUUGAUGCUUCAAUGACCAAAAUUAAGACCACUAUAAUGACAAGAGAACAGAUACAGAAAGAAUAUGAUGCUCUAGUUAGAAGCUCUGAGCAGCUUCUGAGUGCUCUGCAGAAAAAGAAACAGCAAGAGGAAGAAGCAGAGAGGCUGCGACGCAUUCAGGAGGAAAUGGAAAAAGAAAGGAGGAGACGUGAAGAGGAGGAGCAACGCCGAAGAAAGGAAGAAGAGGAAAGGCGUUUGAAAUCAGAGAUUGAGGCAAAGAGAAAACAGGAAGAGGAAGAGAGGAAAAAGAGGGAAGAGGAAGAAAAACGUAUGCAGGCUGAAAUUGAGGCUCAGCUUGCCAAAGAACGUGAAGAAGAAACACAGCACCAGGCGGUUCUUGAACAGGAGCGUCGUGAUCGUGAACUUGCCAUGAGAAUUGCCCAGAGCGAGGCAGAGCUCAUAAGUGAUGAGGCACAGCUGGAUUUAGGAUUGCGGAGAGCCAAUGGAACAAAGCCACAAAUGACUGCGGAACAAAUGGCCACAGAAAUGUCAGAAAUAUUGUCUAGGGGUCCUUCAGUUCAAGCGACAAAAGCUGCUGCUGGUACUAAGAAGCAUGAUCUCAGUAAGUGGAAAUAUGCAGAGCUCCGUGAUACAAUCAAUACAUCCUGUGACAUUGAACUGCUGGCAGCUUGCAGAGAAGAGUUUCACAGGCGCUUGAAGGUUUAUCACGCUUGGAAAUCCAAGAACAAGAAGCGCAAUGCAGAAACAGAACAGCGUGCCCCCAAAUCAGUCACCGACUAUGCUCAACAGAACCCAGCAGCCCAGCUCCCGGCGAGGCAGCAGGAGAUGGAAGCUAACCGGCAGCAGCGGUAUUUCCGCAUCCCCUUCAUCCGCCCCAUGGACCAGUACAAGGAUCCCCAGAACAAGAAGAAGGGCUGGUGGUACGCGCACUUUGACGGGCCCUGGAUUGCCCGCCAGAUGGAACUGCACCCGGACAAGGCCCCCAUUCUCCUUGUAGCUGGUAAGGACGAUAUCGAGAUGUGCGAGCUUAACCUUGAAGAGACUGGCUUAACGCGCAAGCGAGGGGCUGAAAUUUUGCCGAGGCAGUUUGAAGAGAUCUGGGAGCGCUGCGGGGGCAUCCAGUACCUGCAGAAGGCCAUCGAGAGCAGGCAGGCUCGUCCCACCUACGCCACUGCCAUGCUGCAGAACCUCCUGAAAUAGGCGCCGCCGGGCCGGCCCCCUCGCCCGCCACACAAAGGGAAGAGCCGCCCUGCGCUCCGUAUUCGGGCUAGACGUGCUUACCAUAAAGUGAACAGGUUUUCUAAAUCAUGUGGAUUGAUCAUUUGUACUUUCUGAGGUUUCAUUUGUGUAGUGAGCUUACUAGCUACGUGGCUCUUGCAGAAGUUUCGGUCAUUGCAGUUUGUUGUAUUCUGUUUAGAAGUUGCGUUGUCUUCACAAGUUUCUGUCGUGGCUCUUCACGUGCUGUACCUGGGGCACGUGGUGCAGAGAACUGCAUUGCAACCACCUCUUUGCAAAAUCCCUCUUUAACACACUGACUAUCUGGCUUUAAGUGGUGGCCUAGUAAAGAGGAUAUGUUGGAAUUGUGAGGCCUUAGCUUUGACUUCUGUUCCUGAGAAGUUGGAGUAUACUUUUUUUUUAUGAUCUGAGACAUUUUAUGUCCUGAUUUGAAAACUGUUUCGUGUCUGUAUUUACUGACUUUUUCAGAAACUGAUGGGAAAUCCUCUUAGACUCAUGAAUUCCUGCUUAAAUGCAUCCUCUGUCUUGGCUAAAGAGAAAUGUUUUUCUGUACAUUCUGGGAAGAGUGUUGAUACAUGUCAAUACAUAUAAUAUUGGAGGUACUCAAAGAAUGUACUGCUCACUAGGGCUUAUACCACUUUUCUCUUAGGGAUUUUUAUUUUUAAGUACAGAUUUCCACUAGAUUUUUUUUUUUUUGGACCAAAUCUCCAUUAGGAAUUCUCAGAUGUUUCAUUUAUCCAGGUAGUGUAAUUUAAAUAUAUUAUGCAAAAUUGUCCAAGGUUUAUAGCUGGAGGCAUGUAAGAUUAAGGAUAGCAUAAGGGAAGUAUGUUUAAUUUUUUGGUGGUAGYGUAAGAACUGAACGUUGAGGUCUGAGCCUCAACCAUCCUUUUUAUUUUAAUUCUAAUGAGAUGCACAAAGUCUGCAACUUCUCUUAGAGUGUGUAAAAAUCCAGCCAAUAACGUAAUGCACCACCUAAAUGCUCUGUGCUGAUUGAAGUAGCUACAGUUUUAGUAUACUGGAAUUCCGUAGUGAUUCAGACACUGAUCUUUACCUAAUAUCUUCUGUCAGGUUUCAUAGUUUGUAAGUUUCCUUAUUUAUCAGUAAGAGUUUUUGUGGACAGGAAUUAUUAAUUUCAUACAGUUAUUAAGAAUCAUUCACUUACAUGGGUCUUUCACCAUGAUGGCCAUAUUUCAACAAAUGAAAUGUGAUAGUUAUAAUCUUUCCAGUAAGAUUGAACUAUAAAAUAAGUAGCUUGAUGUCCAAUUAAAUAUUCAACCCGAUUGAAAAAUGAGGUUUGGUUCUACAGAGUUACGAAGUUUGUUGGCACUAACUCAUUUCCUCUCAGUUUGAAACGUUUUGGAAACUCUAGUCUUUGAAUGCAUACAUAGACUUUAUUAUUAAUUUUCCAGAGGUGACAGUUCUGUAGCACAGUCAGAGGAAGCUGUUGAUGCUCGUGUUCUUGCUGACCUUAGAUCGUGCCUGCAUGCCACAGUCUGCCUGUUGUUCAAGUUGCACUCCUWUAUAUAUAUUAUAUGUAUGUGUAUAAAUUACUUCAUAUAUAUGAAGACAAUUGAGUAAUGCACUAACUCUGUAUCCAGGGAGUUGUGGCUUUCCUGAACUGUGUGUUUGCAAAGUGGGUCUCGCUGUGUAGCCAGUACUUGCAACCCARCAGAGACAUCUUCCCUAUAACCCACGCACGCUCCUCACUGAGGCACUGGUGUUUGGCUGCGAGGGGAGGGAUGUGGCAUCUGGCUGCUGCACGGACCUGUGCGAUGUUGUGUGGGGUUAAAGGUGCUACGUGAGUAGCUUCAUCCCUGCUUCGUGCUACCGAGUUGGAAACCAAGUCUUGGAACUUCUGGUCUUUCUSUGUAAAUUCUUUUUUUUUAAAUAUCGGCACUGCAAGAAACUAUGGCCAUGAAUGUUGGGCACAAGGAAGAAUCUUGAGCACUGAACUGAUAGGGCUGAGGAGCUUCACCCYGUUUGUGUUUAUCUGCAUGGAGGGUCUUGUCUUGCUGUGUUCACUGCAGUACAGUCUCUUGUGUGCACCUGGGGGGAACCUACAAAAGAAGUCCAGUCUGUUGCACUGAGCAUGUCAGUAUUUCCUUGACGCAGACUGUUUCUUCAUAGUAAGUUACCAGCAGGUAGACGUCAAGA